CUUGCCUUAAAGAUAUUUCGAAUAGUUGACCGCCUUUUGUAUAUAAAUGAUCAAUUGAAGGAUUAAACUUUUAUUUAUAAAAUAUAAUUAAAAUUGAUUUCAAUUAAGAUUUUCAAGCGCAGAUAAUUUUAAAAAGCUUGAAUGGAAAUGUUUUUUGACUCUUUUUAAGGUCAAAAGACAAGCAUUAAGGUGUUAACCUAGUCUGCCUUGAGUAGAAAAUGCAAUAUUUCUACUAUUUUUAUUAUUAAGAAAGUAAAGAAUUAAUUUAUUUCCUUCGUUUCGUUUAUAAUUUGGAAUACAUAAGGGUUAUAUUUACGUUUCUUGCGAAACUACAAAGAAGAAAGUAUUGAACUUCUUUAAAGUUGAUUUAAUGGACAAUUAUUAAAAAUGGAUCAGGAUUUGAAAUCUAAAAUUGAUCAAGCUUGCCGAACGGCUGAAGAAUUUACAAAGCUUUAUUAUGAAAGUUUAGACAAACGCAGAUAUCAUAUAUCAAGAUUGUAUUUGGAUACCGCAACUUUAAUUUGGAAUGGAAACGGUAUCGAAGGCAAAGAUAAUAUACAAAAAUUUUGGACAGAUUUACCACCUUCCGUCCAUAAUGUUUUCGUCUUGGACGCUCAACCAAUAACAGGUCCUGAAGUGGCAAAUCAACUGACAUUCCUUGUAAAAGUUGGAGGACAAGUGAGAUAUGAUGAUAAAGCAUUAAAACCAUUUAAUCAAAGCUUUCUGAUUACUGCCAUGGGAGAUAAAUGGAAAAUUAUUCUUCAAGAAGUAUCCGGAGUCUCCCGUUUUCAAUCAGCGCUCUCUGGAAGAACGGCUACGCGAUACUGGAGACAAAACGAAACGCUUGAGAAUUUGAUUAAUUACAUCCGCUGAUUUAAAUAAAUGUACAGUAGAACUUCGACGUUAUUCGAUCAUUUACUAAAUUCGAUUUUUGAUUAUCCGUGUACUUAAUCAAAUUUUCGAUUAUUCAAGUACCGCUUAGUCGUCUUAUUACAACCAUAACCAUCUUGACUUUACAGGUAGAAAGUUUCUUUUUACUCUGAAACAUUUUAACAUAAUUCAAAAAGACUUUAGGAUUGACAAAUACCAAAACGAAGACAAAAUUACUUUCAGGAUACAGUAGCGAGUAAAAUA